CUGUGACGAAAAGUACAGAACUAUUUUGCUUUGCGGCUGGGUUGUUAUUUUGUGUUGGCGUAAGUUAACAAACAUCUCGGGAGUCGACAAUGGAUUGUUUUUUCCACAAAGAUCGCGAACCCACAGAGAUGCCGGCCAAUUCGAUAUUGCAUGAAAUGUUCGCCUUGAGGCCGCCCAAAGUAGAACCCCCGGACGAAGUGAUGGAGCGAUCGUAUCAUAACAACCCGGGAUUUCACGACGUUAACAAGCCUAAAGACGACGUCGACAAAACGCAUGUCAUCGCAGAGAAAGAAACGAGUUCGACCUCAGACGACGCCAAAAGUGGAAAAGAUUGUGAGGAAACGAAAGGUGACGAAGGGAAGUACACAGAUCCGAACAUUAAACCUCCUUACUCUUAUGUAGCUUUAAUUGCCAUGGCUAUCAAGGAAUCAGGCGACAAGAGGUUAACUCUUAGUGGUAUCUAUCAGUUCAUCAUGACUAAAUUUCCCUAUUACGAGAAAAACAAAAAGGGGUGGCAAAACAGCAUACGCCACAACCUGAGUUUGAACGAGUGCUUUGUAAAAGUUCCCCGGGAGGGUGGGGGAGAGAGGAAAGGGAACUACUGGACUCUGGACCCGGCUUUUGAGGACAUGUUUGAGAAGGGUAACUACCGGCGGCGUCGCCGUAUGAAGCGACCGUACCGCCCGGCCAUCUCCUUACCCAAACCACUGUUCGCUGACUCCAGCUGCACGUUUGGGCCACAAUUUGCCUUCGCUAAAAACUAUUUCGCGUCUUCAUAUUCUUCGCAAUAUUCUCAGUAUUCCAGCUGGGGUUUGAACGGCUUGAAUCACCACACCCCCAGCCCUACCCCUGGCCUGAAUUCUCCGUACAACCAGUACAGCUCGUGUCAGAGAAUGCCCUCUACCAUCACGCCCUACUCGUCCAUGCAGUCAAGUCACAUGCAGCUAUCCCCACCCCCCUACCCACAGCUCAACGACUACAGUGUCACCUCCAUGGCCAAUUCCAGCCCCUUCUCCUUCCCAUGCCGUCAACAGAGCGAGUCCUUCAAUAGCAUACCUUACUCUUACUGGGCAGACAGGUAA